AUGGCCCUGCGCCCUGGGACGGCUUGGUUUGGGCAGGUCCUGCGCAGAGUUUCCCGGCUUCAGGGCACCUGGUCCCGGCGCUCCAGCAGCCUCCUGUGCCUCUCUUCUUCCCAGGAGCCCGAGCAGGCGGGCGGGGAGCGACCGCCGCCGCAGCACAAGCUGCCCCGGAGCGGCGGCAGCGGCGGCGGGCGCCGCCGGCCCCCCCGGCAGCUGCUGCCCUGCUGUGGCUGCUGCGGCCUGUCGGAACCCCGGGCGGCCAGGGGGGGACAUGGUCCCCUCACUCGCCCCUUGCUGGCGGCCAUGAAGAGGCAGAACGUGCGGACCCUGUCCCUCAUCAUCUGCACGUUCACCUACCUGCUGGUCGGGGCUGCCGUCUUUGAUGCCCUGGAGUCCGACAACGAGAUGCGGGAGGAGGAGAAACUCAAAGCCGAGGAGAUCCGGCUCAAAGGAAAGUACAACAUCACCAGCGAGGACUACCGGCAGCUGGAGUUGGUGAUCAUGCAGUCCGAGCCGCACCGCGCCGGAGUCCAGUGGAAAUUCGCCGGCUCCUUCUACUUUGCCAUCACGGUCAUCACGACCAUCGGUUACGGACACGCUGCCCCAGGGACGGAUGCAGGGAAGGCUUUCUGCAUGUUCUACGCCGUGCUGGGGAUCCCUCUGACCCUCGUCAUGUUCCAGAGCCUGGGCGAGCGCAUGAACACCUUCGUCAAGUACCUCUUGAAACGCAUCAAAAAGUGCUGUGGCAUGAGGAGCACCGAGGUCUCCAUGGAAAACAUGGUCACUGUGGGGUUCUUCUCCUGCAUGGGGACACUCUGCAUUGGAGCAGCAGCCUUUUCCCAGUACGAGGAAUGGAGCUUUUUCCACGCUUACUAUUACUGCUUUAUAACAUUGACUACGAUAGGGUUUGGGGACUAUGUGGCCCUGCAGACCAAAGGGGCCCUUCAGAAGAAGCCUCUUUACGUGGCUUUUAGCUUUAUGUACAUUCUAGUGGGGUUGACAGUCAUCGGGGCAUUUCUAAAUCUGGUUGUUCUCAGGUUCUUGACCAUGAACAGUGAGGAUGAGAGGAGGGAUGCCGAGGAGCGGGCGUCCCUGGCAGGGAACCGCAACAGCAUGAUUAUCCACAUCCAGGAGGACUCCCAGCACGGCCGGCCGCGCUACAAGGCCGAGGUGACAGACCUCCAGUCAGUUUGUUCCUGCAUGUGUUACAGGUCCCACGAGUACACCAGCCGGGUGGUGUCCCACCAAAAUUCGUUCAGCUCGAAGCUGAACCCCCAGUACUUUCACUCCAUCUCUUACAAGAUAGAGGAGAUCUCGCCAAGCACAUUAAAAAACAGCCUUUUCCCAUCUCCUGUCAGCUCCAUCUCACCUGGGUUGCACAGCUUUACAGAUAACCACAGGCUGAUGAAACGGCGAAAGUCCAUUUAAAGGGAUUUGUCUUAUUUUGCUUUCCUUGUUUUUCCCAGUUCUUUGUUGUUUUGGGUCUUUCUGUUCCUUGAGUGAGACGGAGCGAGGCCAAAGGGAGUAGAGCAAGCCAGUCCUCCUCUGAGACUCAGCUCUUGAGCAUGAAGCAUGGAUUAUUACUGUUCCAGCAAAGUAUGCCUUACAUUACCCCCUUGGUGGAUGUCAGAGGAUUCAAGGUGACGUGAAGUGGGUACCAAAUCCAAAGUUGCACACACAGCUGGGAGCCUUCAUGUGCCACUGGCACUCCUGACCUAACAAACUUUUUUCCUCACGAGCAGGUUGCAGUGUGUGUGCGUGUGCCUGUGUGAGUGCUGGGUGUGUGUGCCUGUGCGUGUGCGUGUGCAAUUCCACAACCAGUGCCAUGUGACAAAAAUUAAAGCAUCAGGUAUUAUUUUUUUCUUUUGCCCUUGAAGCAGUUGUGUUCCA